CGUUUUCAGCAUGACAUAUUGCUCCAGCUUGGGUGAUUUGCCUCAGCGAUGGUGCCAUCUCCGUGGACUUCCGAGUUCGCUGUAGGCAAAUGUGUUGGCUUUACAAUCACAACGGUCUACUGAUAUGACUGGCACUACUCUGAAACUCAUCGUACUGUCUGAGCGGAUAUAAAGCAAGAGACAUCCCGGGGAACAAUGGCCCAUUGUCUCCGAAGGCAUUCGUCCAAAUCCACCCCUUUGUAUUUUGUAUAAUCACCUUGGUAUUAUCUGAUCCCUUUCAAUUGACUGGAUCAAAUAUGGCACCCUCCCUCGAGGCCCCAGUCCUCACUCAAGCCGACUCGGCGACCCGGGUCAUCUUGAAGAACGACAGCUCCAAGAGCAACAAAUUCCAGUACGAGCCAGGCCGCACUGCUGUCGAGCGUCAUGAUAACUACGCCUAUGAUGACCUCCUGCCCUCAUUCCCAGAUUUACAUUGGAAGCCUCUAGAGGAAACCAGCUAUGUGGAUCGAGGCAUUUCCGGAGACCCCCAAUUCCGCAAUCUUCUCCGAGACGCCACCGAUAUUUUUGACUACAACCCCAAGAUCGGGACAGAGAUUCAUGGCGUUAACCUAGCGAAGCUGACCGAGGCCCAGAAAGAUGAUCUGGCUCGGCUGGUGGCUGUCCGGGGAGUGGUUUUCUUUCGAGAUCAAGGUGAUUUUGACAUCGAAGCACAACGGGAGCUGGGAAAGCAUAUGGGAAGAUUGCACAAGCAUGCCACCACAGCGGUACCGAGAAAGGGCGGACUCGAAGACGUGCAUGUUGUAUUCACUGGGGACAAUUCCGGUGAUCAACGAGCCAUGUUCACGCCCAGCUUCCUGUGGCACUCAGACGUGACAUACGAAAUACAACCACCAUCCUACACAUCACUGAAACUCCUGACGGGCCCACUGCGUGGGGGAGGCGGUGACACACUUUGGGCAUCACAAUAUGCAGCCUACGACGCCCUCUCCCCCCACAUGCAGACCUACCUGAAAGGGUUGACAGCGCUCCAUUCUGCUGAGAUGCAAGCGUCUGAUUCGCGCGCCAUUGGCCGCACCGUCCGCCGCGAACCCGUCACCACAGAGCAUCCUCUUAUUCGGACUAACCCGGUCACUGGCUGGAACAGCCUCUUCUUCAACCCAGGCUUCGUGACCAAGAUCGUGGGGAUUCCUAAGACUGAAAGCGAUGUUAUCCUGCGAUACUUGACUGAAGUCAUCGCCACGACGCAAGAGCUGCAUGCCCGCUUCCAGUGGGGGAAGGGCGACGUAGCGAUCUGGGAUAAUCGAACUACAACACAUUCUGCUUCAUAUGGAUUUGCUCCACACCGUCGUCACGCCGUUCGUGUCGCCUGCCAUGCAGAGCGUCCUGUUCUGAAGGAAGACGGCACCUCGCAGGAAGAGGAGCACAUUUCUCGGUAUAACCUGCUGAGCGUCAACAAAGACGGUUCUCGUCAAUCAAACUAUAAUGACUAGACGGGAUAAAACUAGGUCCAUGAUGUAAAUAUGCUUUCUGAAGUGUGGUGUAGACACUGGUGUCUGCGCAUAUUUGGAUAUACAGUAAUGGUGAUACGAC